AUGAGUGUCCCAGUUGUAGGCCAACGUCGGUCGUUCGAUGGUCAUUUAAGUACGAUUCGCUAUGUGGGCACCGUUCAAGGGACCACCGGCGACUGGCUUGGUGUUGAAUGGGACGAUGCGAGUCGAGGCAAGCACUCAGGAGAACACAAAGGCGUCAGAUACUUCUCAUGCAAAAGCAAGCAUCCCACGGCGGGGUCUUUUGUUCGCCCCUCCAGGCCUUCAGACCAGCCUCUGAGCUUUCUAGAAGCCCUGCGGGAGAAGUAUGCUUCUGAGUCCGAUGGCCUUUCUCAAAAUGUCUUGGCCAGUGGAGCAACGGUUCGAGGCAAGGCAAUUGAAAUUAGCGGCAAAGUGGUUGAAGAAGUUGGCUUCGACAAAAUUCGCAAACAGCUCGCUGAGCUCCAAGAGUUACGCAUUGUCUUGCUCGAUGGUUUACGGAUUACCGGAGUUCUUGCAUCCUACGACCAGGCUCAAGUCUCGCAUACUGAGACAGCACAAAAGAUUGGAGAGACCUGUCCCAAGAUCACGGAACUUGAUCUCAGUCGAAGCUUGUUAAGUCGAUGGUGCGAUGUUUGGGAUAUUUGCAACCAGCUUAAACAUCUGAAACGGCUGAAGUUGAAUGGAAACCGAUUUCAAUCUUUGGAGGAUGACCUGACCUUCACGGGAAUCACUGAGCUACACUUGGAAGAAACCCUGCUGAGCUGGGAUGAGAUUGCCGCCAUUGCAUAUCGAUUCCCUGGCUUGACAUCUCUCACGGCAUCUGCGAACCAGCUCUCUGAGAUAACGUGUCCACUCCCUAGCACCAUCACAAAGCUAACCCUCGAUCAUAACGAGAUCACCUCAAUAUCAGCCCUUCGGCAUCUCGCCGCACUUCCGAAAUUGGAGCACCUCUCCGUUCGUGGGAACAGCAUCAGCACCGUGAACCAAAGCACUACAGAUACAACCCUAGACUUCCAGUUCCCGCCAACCCUCCAAUCUCUCGAUAUAUCCCGCAACAAAAUCACCUCCUGGGCCAUCCUCAACAAACUCCCCACUGUCUUCCCAGGCCUAACUACUCUCCGAAUCACUGCCAACCCUCUUUUCGACCAACCACCUCUCCCACCAUCUGUCACAGAAGCCUCCAAACCAAUGACCAUCGAUGAGGCCUUUAUGCUAACCCUAUCUCGAUUCCCAUCCUCCCUCGCCACCUUAAACUACAGCACCAUCUCACCACAAGACCGCUCCAACGGAGAGAUGUACUACCUAUCCCUCAUCGGCAAAGAACUCUCCGCCACAACCGAGGAAGAAGAACCCGCCAUCCUCGCCACACACCCGCGCUACGGCGAGCUGUGCGAGCUAUACGUCGAGCCGACUAUCACAAGGACAGUUGUCUCAGAUUCCUCAGGCGCGAGAGUCAUCCAUCCGCGGUCUGUAGCAGCGCGACUGGUGAAAAUGGCGUUCCGUCUGCCACUUGAAAACGACGAAUCCAAGAGCCAGGUCAAAGAAGUCCCUGGCUCGUUUGAUACAUACCAGGUUAAGGCACUUGUGUCGCGGCUUUUCGGCCUCCCGGCGUUUGGGUUCCGGCUGGUUUGGGAGACGGAUGAGUGGGAUCCUGUGGAGAGGGAAGUUGGCGUUGCAGCCGGUAUUGAAUCGGAUGAGGAUAGUGAGGAUGAGGAUCGACCUGUCGUUGGCUCUGGGCUUGAGAACACGGGCGAUGGUCCCGACAAGAGUCGGUUUGUGCGUAGGGAGGUGGAGCUAGUUGAUUCGACGCGGGAUGUCGGGUUCCUGUUCCAGAAUGAAGUGGGUGAGGUUAGGAUUCGGGUUGAGAUACCUGAUUGCGCGUCUACGAGGUAG